CGCGUCCGACUCAUUGAAGAAGAACUCCUCGUCCAAUUUGAGGAUCCACUGUGGUAGAUAGCAGAGAAAUAAAACAACAGCAUGUCAUCGUGUUGGUCAAAGCUGCUGUUAUAUUUGGCUUCACAGCACACAACCAGAACACUUCUCAACAAGAGCACUUCUGUUUGUUCAACAAUCCCCAAUCUGAGACACUACACCUGUGGAAAGAAUCCGUCCAGGAGGAGAGUAGCAAUCACUGGAAUAGGACUUGUCUCUCCUCUCGGCACAGGGACUACUCUACCUUGGAACCAGCUGAUUAGUGGUGCCAGUGGGAUCGUCGCCCUUGACUCUGAGAUGUAUAAGACAGUUCCCUGUAAAGUGGCAGCCCUGGUGCCCCGAGGGGAUGGAGAGGGCCAGUUCAAGGAUGAGAGAUUUGCCACUCGUGGGGAGAUCAACAGUAUGUCACCAGCCACUGUCAUGGCUCUCGGUGCCGCCCAGCUGGCACUGGAGGAUUCUGGGUGGUAUCCCAGCAGCCCUGAGGAGCAGCUGACCACAGGGGUGGCGGUGGGGAUGGGCAUGGUUUCUCUGGACGAGAUCGCCAAGACGUCGGCCAUCUUCCAGGCGAAAGGUUACAGUAAGGUCAGCCCCUUCUUUGUGCCUCGUAUCCUUGUCAACAUGGCUGCCGGUCACAUCAGCAUCAAGCACAAACUGAAAGGUCCCAACCACGCUGUUUCCACCGCCUGCACCACUGGAGCCCAUGCCCUCGGUGACGCAGCCAGGUUCAUCGCCCACGGAGAUGCCGUCGCCAUGGUAGCGGGUGGGACAGAGGCCUGCGUGGGACCUCUGUCAAUCGCGGGGUUCGCCAGGGCGAGGGCUCUGAGUACCCACUGGAAUGACCAGCCCAGGCUGGCAUCGCGGCCCUUCCACCCAGAGAGGGAUGGGUUUGUGAUGGGUGAAGGGUCUGCGGUGGUGCUCCUGGAGGAGUGGGAGCAUGCUGUGAGGAGGGGGGCCAGGGUGUAUGCUGAGGUGCUGGGGUACGGCCUGUCAGGGGACGCCAGCCACAUCACAGCCCCCACUGCUGAUGGAGACGGAGCCUUCAGGUGCAUGUCUGCAGCACUCCGAGACGCCGGUGUGGAACCAGCCCAUGUGACGUACGUGAACGCACACGCCACCUCUACACCACUAGGUGACGCUGCAGAGAACUCUGCCAUCAAGAGACUGUUCCAGCAGCACACCGCCUCCCUGGCUGUCUCCUCCACUAAAGGGGCCACGGGGCAUCUCCUGGGGGCUGCCGGGGCCCUGGAGGCAGCCUUCACUGCCCUGGCCUGUUACCACAGCACUUUGCCACCCACCCUCAACCUGGACCGCACCGAGCCAGAGUUUGACCUGAACUAUGUGCCCUGCACAGCACAGCAGUGGAAGACAGAGGGCAGGCGGGUAGCUCUCACAAACUCUUUUGGGUUUGGGGGGACUAACGCGUCGCUGUGUCUCGCCAGUGUCUGAAAAGCUUGUCUGAAGGAUUCACUUCUUACUGGUUUUGUAUUGAUUUCAGAUUCUUUAUAGAUUCCUAGUAUUUCAGUUUCAAAAUGUUCUCAAUAUUAUAUUGGGACAUGUAAUGCAAACAUCGAUCAUACAAUUCUGAUCGAAGUUUCCAUUUUGAUCAUUCAAAUACAGAUAUGCUUUGUGUACUUGAAUACAGCAGUAUGUUUAUUUAUCACCAGCUGGUGGCACUGUCUCACAUGGAGGCUACACUGGAGAGGCUAUGGGUUAUUACCUUUUAUACAGUCUACACAGGCAGUUCAGCUUUAGCCCCGAGGCCUUUAUUGUAAUAGAAGGCUGUGCUGGUUGGUCAUAAAGUGUAAUUUCUCAAGAUCCACCAUGAGCAUAAACAUCAGUCACUCAUUUGGGUCUCAAAAGCCCUGGUUUGCAAUUUCUGUCCUCCAAAACAGGGUUUUUAUUGGUGGAAUUCAGAGGUUCUCAACCUGGGGUACGGAUAAACCAGGGGAUACUUGGGAAGACGCAUAGGAACAUAGGCCUACUGGUAUAUUGCACAUGAGGGGGUACUCACGGGUUACCCCAGGCUGAGCAAAAUGUCAUUGCGGAUACAGUAACUAAAGAGCCACUGGUGUAAUUCAUUUAGCACUGUUUAUUGGAGUGAUGAUCUAAUGUUUCCAAUAAUCUUCUCUCUCUUUCUGAAAGUGCUUUAGUUUUGCUUGUUGAAUCAGCAAUGCAUCCAAUUAGCAAAUUUUGUGUAUUUCCUGGUAGUUAAAGGGUUCGUCCAUUCAGACCUGUAAAAUAUAUUCUAGAUACUGUGGUGGCUGGUUUCUGGGAAACAGAUGAAAAAGCCUAGUCCUGGACU